AUGAAUAAACAGAAGGAAGAGGCUCUUUUGCAAGAGGUGACGCAGUUGCGUGCUACUUUGGAUGCAUCACGACGGGAUGCUGUUAGCGGCUUUAACAUCAUGGAUGCGGCUAACUCUGCCGAGAUUGGGAUUCUUUCUAAUAUUCCGAGCCUUACCUUAGCGCAUAAUCUGAGGGCCCACACCGGUCGAAUUCGUGCAUGUUGCUGGUCUCCGUCCGAUGAUAAUCUUAUCUCGAUCGGCGCGGAUAACUACAUUUGCAUUUGGGAUGUUCGAAGUGGAUUGAUUAGAAAUAUAAUUGAUAUCACAAUGAACCAAGCUACCGCAGCGGACACCACACGAGACCUGGACGUUGUAUUUGCCGGGGGUCUCUACGCCAACGUAGAAGCUUUUACCCAUCAAGCCAGGUCUCCAGAAGACGGUUAUUCAGAGUACGUUUCUUCAGCUGUUUUCGAGCAUGGCGGCCGAAUUAAUUGUGUGACCUAUUUACAAGGACACAAACUUCUUACUGCUGCGUCCAUGGAUGGAGUUGUUCUUUGGGAUAUUAAUAGCGUCAAGGUGCUACGCAAAUUCACUCACACAACGGAUGUUUCCUCAAUACUUCCGACUUCUCCCGAUGGCCAGUCUUUUGUAACGGGUGCUGCCGACGGUAUUCCUCGCGUGUGGGAUGUACGAAAACCCCAACCUCUUGUCAGCGCUAUGUACGGUCACGAAUCAGAGAUCACAUGUAUUGAACGCCUUAGUAAUGAGCGAACCUUUGUCACGGGCUCUGACGAUGCUACAGUUAACCUCUACGAUGCUCGCUUGGACUUCCCUUUGGCGAGCUACUGCAGGGUCGAUGGCAGGAGCAUAGUGGGUGAUGAUGCCACUGAAUUUACUAGUACACCUGCUAACAUUUCUGGUGAUGACGGAGGAGGAGACGAACAAGCAGGUUCUGACGACUCAUCGACAACUGGGAUCACCGGUAUUGGUGUAUCGUCGUCUGGUCGGAUAGUUAUUUCGGGGAAAAUGCGGGCAAUCAUUUACUUCCUUCUGCUACUAUCGGCUUCACGUCAAGAGACUCCACCGUGGCCUCCUAAAAUUGGUAUUUAUGAGCAAAAAAUUUCGCACUUCGACUUCUCCUUCCCCUCUCUCACUUUCAAUCAGCGUUAUGGCGGUAUGUUGGCCGCUUACAUGAGGCUACAAUACCCACAUAUAAUUUCCGGAGCUAUAUCCUCCAGCGCUCCAUUUAAAUGGGUUACUGGUGAAGCCUCCCUUCACACGUUUUUCGAGUCGAUCAAGGAGGUUUAUUUCAGUGCGAAUGAAACAUGCAUUCCCAUUAUCCAAGCAGCAUAUGUAGAAAUUUUGAAGCGAGCCAAUGAAGGUCAAAAUGGUUUAAAGAACAUCACUAUUGAGCUAGGUCUGUGUCAGCCUCUGGAAACGUUAGAAGACCUCGAUAGGAUGCUCCGAUGGUCCCGUAAUGCAUUUGUCGUGAUGAGCAUGAUGAAUUACCCAUACUCCAGCUCAUUUAUGUCGGAUUUGCCCGCGAACCCCGUCAAAGUCUCUUGUGACAGGGCAAUCAAGUUUGGAAUCAAAAAUCCACUUGCAGGACUGAGGGAGGCUGUUGGGGUUUUCUACAGUAAAAGCCCGGAGUCCUGUUUUGACUACAAAAGUCAAUAUAUUGACUGCGCCGACAUAACUGGGUGCGGAUUGGGCGACGAUUCGAUUGCGUGGGAUUUUCAGGCCUGCACUGAGAUGCAUCUCUAUGACCCGUCAAACGCCACGUCAAAUGAUUUAUUCCCCUCCCUACCCAAGACACUGGAGGAGGUCAAUGAAUAUUGUUACCGGAAAUAUGGUGUACGCAUGUCUGAAAAACAGUUACUUACUGCUUUCGGACCGAUAUCCAUUUGGAAACGAGCAAGCAACAUUGUUUUUAGCAAUGGAAACCUUGAUCCAUGGAUGAAAGGCGGGAUCCUUGAGGACGUUUCGAAAAGUGUGACUGCCCUUCAGAUUCACGGCGGUGCCCACCACCUUGAUUUGAGAAGUGCGAAUGAAGCUGACCCACCCUCGGUAAAGAUUGCCCGCCAAACUGAGAUUGAGGCCAUUAGUGAGUGGCUGAAGGAAUAUGAAGACUACUGUUGUCAAGCAUAA